GUAGAUAACUAAGGGGUGAAAGGGGGCAUAGAGGGAAUAGAGAAGCUAUGAACUUCAGGUGGUUUUUUUGCUUGUUUUUUGGCAGCUGGCCUGUACGGGGACCAAACCCUGGACCUUGGUGUUAUCAGCACCAUGCUCUAACCAACUGACCUAACUGGACAAGCCUCAGUUUUAAACAGGAGAUAACUGGUACUCAAGGAAGCUAUUUGCCCAGUGUCACAAAGCUAGAAAGUGAGGGAGGUAUUUAUAAAAUCCAGAUCUGUCUCUAUGCAUUAUUCUCUCAUUAACACCAAAAGCCACAGCUAAAAGAACAGUUCAGUGAAGAAAAGAUCUAUUUCUUUAAUGUGUUACUGAUACUUUGAAAAUAUUAAUGAUUAUUUUCAAAGAAAAUUGUGUUAUAUGGAAGAAAUUCUCAUGAGUUACUACUACUUAAAAAUGUAUAAAAUGAGGAAAAUUAAGUGACAUCUUGUUUUAUACACAGCAACAUGCUUCUGAUUUCAGCCCCUCCUCUUAGCUGUAAAGAUACAUUAAUCCGAACUGCCUGAUAUCUUCCUGAACAAAACUUUCAAUAGAGCCCAGUAUGCUUCACUCCAUCCAGAAGUUUUCUCAAGCAUCUUCAAAGAUGCUAAAGUACCCUUUCACAGUGGGACUGGGAGCCAGCAGGAGAAUAAAUACACUUUCUCGCAAGAUCUCUCUCGAACAGAACAUUUGCCCUUUGUUUCCAAAGCCUUGGCUUUUCUUGUCAUUUCCAGUGUAUACAAGCAAGACACAGUGCUAUCAUACAUCCCCAUGCAGCUUUAAGAAGAAGCAGAAGCAAGCAAUACUUCCAGCCAGGUCACCAAGCACCAUCACUUACCUGCCUGACAGCCCAAAGCCAGCAUUAUAUGUAACUCUAGCAGGACUAAUCCCCUUUGUUGCUCCACCGCUGGUUAUGGUGAUGACAAAGACUUAUAUCCCUGUAUUAGCCUUUACUCAGAUGGCUUAUGGAGCCAGUUUCCUAUCCUUCUUGGGAGGGGUCAGAUGGGGUUUUGCUCUGCCAGAAAGUAGUCCAGCCAAACCAGACUUCCUAAAUUUAGCUAAUAGUAUGGCUCCUGUUGUGUUCUCAUGGUUUGCCUUUCUUAUUUCUGAAAGACUCAGUGAAGCCAUAGUCACAGUAGUAAUAGGUUUGGGGGUAGCAUUACACACUGAAGUUUUCCUCUUGCCACAUUAUCCCAACUGGUUCAAAGCCCUGAGGAUAGUAGUCACAUUAGUGGCCUUUUUUUCAUUUAUAAGCACUUUAGUGGUUAAAGAUAUUUAUCCAGAGAAAGGACUGAAGCCUGGUCAAGUAGAAUAAAUGUAAAACUACAUUGUAGAUAAUAUUAGCAUGUUGGCUACAAACCUUCUAAGGUUGCAUUUUGUCAUCACCCUUUUCUACUUCUCCUGUUUGUUUGGCUCUUUUUCCCCCCACCAAUGGCAAUUUAUUCUUUUACUUAUUUACUUACUUAAAUUUUUUUU